AUGCAAUUAUCAAAGGUUUCAGGGGUUAUUUUAAGUGCACUUUUAUUUUGUACUAUUGAGGCAUAUACUACACCUGCAGAUUAUACCAAUGACGACUCUAACUAUGAAGUAACCACAGAUAGUGUUAUUGACUAUUGUGAUUCUAUGAAUAUUUGUCAGAAUAAUGGUACCUGUAGUUAUUACACACAUUAUUAUUAUGGUAUUUGCUAUCAGUGUGACUGUCCCUAUGGUUAUACAGGAAAAUAUUGUGGUUAUAGUUAUGAAUCAUUAGUAAAUCCCGUUGUGAAUUUACGAUACAAUCAUCGGGAAUCGUUAGCUAUAUCGAACUCAUUUCCACCAAUACCACGAGAUUAUCGCCACAACCCAUGUUCAUUUAAUCCUUGCUUAAAUGGUGCUACAUGUUACUCUUACCGUAAUGGUUGUUAUAAAUGUCAUUGUCCCUAUGGAUAUGAAGGAUAUAAUUGUGAAAAGCCCUUCCAUGACGUAACUACAUCGGACACAAAUACAACCCCAGACUCUAACUAUGAAGUAACCACAGAUAGUGUUAUUGACUAUUGUGAUUCUAUGAAUAUUUGUCAGAAUAAUGGUACCUGUAGUUAUUACACACAUUAUUAUUAUGGUAUUUGCUAUCAGUGUGACUGUCCCUAUGGUUAUACAGGAAAAUAUUGUGGUUAUAGUUAUGGAUUUAAUAAUUAUCAGACAACAUCAUCUGGAUUAACUGAAAAUAUUGUACAGGUAUCGUGUGAAAAUGGAUAUUUUGAUAUCGAAGUGGAUAUGGAACUAUUCCGGCAACACCAUCCAAAUGUCAGUUCCAUAUACAUGUAUUUUGGAUAUUGUCGUGUGUAUUCAUAUAAUGACUACUUUUCAUUCGGUCACUAUAACUUAAGAAGUUGUGGAUCCACUAGAAAAGAGACCUGGGAUAAGAUCAUCUAUAGUAAUACUAUUUAUGUUAUGGAUGAUUCGGUCAUCACUAGAGAUGGUGGUAGUUACUUGGUACAAUGUAAAAUGGAAAGAGAGGCGUAUGGUGAAGGACAAUGUUCUGUUGACUCCACAACAGUUAUCUAUAAUACAACAUUCGGCUUCAAAACGUUUGAGUUUAUAAAAGAGAAGGGCGAAAUUGAUAUUGUAUGUCGAGUUUUCAUCUGCACUGAAGAUGAUAACUCGUACAGAUGUACCAGACGUUGCUCCGGGUACAGAAAACGACGUUCUACAGACAAUGAUGAUAAGCCUAUUUCAAUAUAUGAAGGACCAUUUGUGUUCGCAGCCGAUGAUGAGGCAGAUACUACCACUGCUAUAGCAGUCGGUACAACAGCUGGUGUUGUUGCAGUGGUUGCAUUUGUUGCAGUAACUAUUAAGGUGGUGGCACCAAAGGUUGCAGUUGCUGCAGCCGGAUACAGUAGUGUUGCUAACGCUGCUCCCGCCGUUGCAACCGUUUAA